GGUUAGGGGUCCUGACUCGUGCGGUGCAGUUCAUCAUGGCGGCGAACAGUAGCAACAGCACGAGCGGUAAAAGCGCUGGAAAGCAGCCCUCUCCUUCUGCCGAGCAGGUGGUGGCGACCUUCCAGAGGAUGAGGCAGGAGCAGCGCAGUAUGGCCUCCAAAGCCGCAGAGUUUGAGAUGGAGAUCAAUGAACACAGCCUCGUCAUUGACACACUAAAGGAAGUAGAUCCCUCACGGAAGUGCUUUCGUCUCGUCGGCGGCGUGCUCGUGGAGCGGACCGUCAAAGAAGUUCUGCCAGCGUUGGAAAACAAUAAAGAACAGAUCUCGAAGAUCGUGGAGACGCUGAACACACAGAUGCAGGCUAAAGGGCGCGAGCUGACGGAAUACCGCGAGCGCUACAAUAUCCGGUUAGUGGGAGAGGACGAGAGGCAGGGCAAAGCGGACGCCAGUCAAGCCAAAGACAGCGACGGCGGCUCUAAAGGCGGCGCGGGAGUGCUCGUCUCGUAGUGCAUCGCCGCUUGGAAAACCGUGGCGCUUCAAUAUUGGCGGAGAGACUGAGUUGGCAUGUCUCCAUUUAGUCUUACACACGAAAGAGAGUGAAAGUCACAUUGUACAUUCAUUAUAUUAGAACCAUAAAACACACAUUUCAUUCAACAAGUCAUUUCUUUCUCACAAUUUUCCCGUUAUUUGCUUUCAAGUUCCAUUUAUGGCAAAUAAAUAUUCAACAUCAUUGAUGUGUGGUGACGCAUAAAUCCAGCAUCCUCAGAACGGUUAGACUUUCACUGCUCUGGGACUGCAGUCAUAACUAGUGUUUGCAGAGAGAGAUGAGUGUGACGGUGGACCGCAGAGCCACUCCAGCGUUUAUCAUGUCACGACUGUACGUUUGUGGACGAAGCCUUAUGUUUUUUGUUGUUUUUGUGGUUGUUUUGGUUAUUGAAUUAAAAAUACCGUUGAGCAAGA